UGCCCUGGAAGUUUCAUGACAAACUUAAUAUUGAUACUGUCCACAACUAGUAACCCUCAAUUUUUUCUCGUGAACAUCAUGAAACCUACCACUUGCUGCAUCGUCUUGCUCUUAUUCUUCACGGAGUCUUUGGUGACUGCAUGCCGUCUAACAAUCGACGAUUUCAAGGGCCAGUUCGACAAAGAUGAUGUAGAUCAGGUUACUCUCACAGCACCGGUGAAUGGUCCGUGGGUAACAGUAACAUUGCAAAAUGGAACUAUAGUAGAGCCGGAACAAGUAGGUAGACUCUGCCACGACGGUAAAGGCGAUACAAGUAAAUUCGCAAUAAUGGCUGAGCUGCUCCGGAGAGCAGCGGGUAUCGAUGAUUGUGACCAGUUGGAAGCGGGCAAACCUUACAGGCGCAGUGAAGACUUUGAAACGGAUUGUGGUGAACUCGAGAAGUAUGUUCCUGAGGAUUCAUUUAAUAUAGUUGUCCUUAGAGGUGUAAUUCGAGAUCCUCCGGCGGGAUACGUCAUAGAUUCAAAGGAGGAAUGGGUGCAGCUGAGCAAUGAAGUUGAAUACGACGCUGCGCAUUAUCUCAUCUAUAUCACACUAUCUUUGGAGUCCUCAUAAAAAGGGGAUUUCCUUUUGGCAACAUAACAGUCACAUUGGAAAUUUAGCAAGAUAGUGUCAAUAAUGUAAUAGCGGGCUCAGAAAGUUGGUGGAAAUCAUCCAAUUUGUUAUAUAUUAUACAAAUAAAUUGAGCUAUAAACAAAA